CUGGCGGGUACCACAUCUCGUUAGAGCUACGGCAUUUAGAGGCCUGUGGAGUACUGAGAGUGGGCGGUGGGUAACUAGAAAGGAGUGUGUGUUUGGACUUUUUUUUUUGGAAGGAAAGAGGGUAAAGCAGCCAUGGAGACAGAGCUUUUGAACACACAGGAGGUGUCACGCGUGGCUCCUCACUGAGAUUUUCUCUUUGGAAAGGAGAGAAGCCUUUCUCUCGACGCGCAUCCCUCUCUCCCGCUGCGCUGAGAAGGGCGGGGGGGGAGUGCGCAAGCUCUAGUUGGCUAGCCGCUCGGCACCUCGCUGCGAUAGGGGCCGUUCAGAGUUGGGGCUGCUCCGUAGGCUUUCUCCGCCCCUCCCCCUCUCCUUUCCUCCCCUCCCUUCCCCGCCCCCUCCGUCCCCCCUCCUCAGCAUCUGAAUUCCCUGGCUGGAGUACGAGUGCGCCUGCUCAGCUGCCGGGCGAGCGCGAGCUUGGGCUCGUACCCCGCUCCCCUAACCCCGCCCGCUCUUUACCUACCGGCCGUAGCUGGCCGGGUGGGCUUGUGGGGAGACGCUCGCGCGCGCACGCGCACACGACGCGGAGCGGAGCUCGAGACAUCGAGGAGGGGAGUAAGAAGCAUCCGAGGAGGCGUUAGAGGAGGAGGCGGUGUGUGUGUAUCUGUGUGUUCUACGGUGUGGCUCGUCGAGGGGCGAGCGGAGGCUUGAAAAAAGGCGAGGGAGAAGCGAGAAGAGAGUCUCCGUCUGCGAGAACCUCUAAUCUGGUUGCUAUGGAAACCUAAGACCACAUAAAAGGAAGUCCAUUCUGAUAAUUCUGAUACCUGAGAUGCAACUGGACUGAAAAGUGGAACAGGAAAAAUUUUAGUGCCAACCUUACUUACAAUGGCUACUGAUUCAGGGGAACCAGCUAGCACGGAAGAUUCUGAGAAACCUGAUGGAGUUUCAUUGGAAAGCAAAGUUGCUCAGAUUACAGAAACUUUGACAGUGGAAGGUAGGCUAAAGGAAAAAAGCAGUACCUUCUCUGCUUCCGGAGAAACCAUAGAAAGGAAGAGAUUCUUCCGAAAGAGUGUUGAGAUGAUGGAAGAUGACAAAGUCACUGAAUCUUCCUCGAAAGAUGAGAGAAUAAAGACUGCGACAAAUGUUUCAAGAGUAGAAAAACUUCCUGCAAAUGUGCUCCGAGGUGGACAAGAAGUUAAAUACGAGCAAUGUUCAAAGGGAGCAUCAGAAUCAUCAAAAGAUUGUUUGAAGGAGAAAAAUGAAAAGGAAAUGGAAGAAGAAGCAGAAAUGAAGGCUGUAGCUACUUCUCCUAGUGGCAGGUUCCUGAAAUUUGACAUUGAGCUGGGAAGAGGAGCAUUUAAAACAGUAUAUAAAGGACUGGACACUGAAACAUGGGUUGAGGUUGCUUGGUGUGAGCUGCAGGACCGGAAAUUAACCAAAGCUGAGCAGCAAAGGUUCAAGGAAGAAGCAGAAAUGUUAAAGGGUCUUCAACACCCCAAUAUAGUUCGAUUUUAUGAUUCCUGGGAGUCUAUAUUAAAAGGAAAGAAAUGUAUUGUAUUAGUGACUGAACUUAUGACAUCAGGAACCUUAAAGACGUACUUGAAACGAUUUAAAGUCAUGAAACCAAAGGUCUUAAGGAGCUGGUGCAGGCAAAUUUUAAAGGGGUUGCAGUUCUUGCACACUAGGACUCCUCCUAUUAUUCACCGGGAUCUGAAGUGUGACAAUAUUUUCAUCACGGGACCCACUGGAUCUGUGAAGAUUGGUGAUCUAGGACUAGCCACCUUAAUGCGGACAUCAUUUGCUAAAAGUGUCAUUGGGACUCCGGAGUUUAUGGCCCCAGAGAUGUAUGAAGAACACUAUGAUGAAUCUGUAGAUGUCUAUGCUUUUGGAAUGUGUAUGCUGGAAAUGGCUACUUCGGAGUACCCUUAUUCGGAGUGCCAGAAUGCAGCUCAAAUAUACCGUAAAGUAACUAGUGGUAUAAAACCAGCCAGUUUCAAUAAAGUCACUGAUCCUGAAGUGAAAGAAAUCAUUGAGGGUUGUAUUCGUCAAAACAAAUCUGAGAGGUUGUCUAUCAGGGACCUACUAAACCACGCAUUUUUUGCUGAGGAUACAGGACUAAGGGUGGAGUUAGCAGAGGAAGAUGAUUGCUUAAAUUCAUCCCUGGCUUUAAGACUCUGGGUUGAAGACCCUAAAAAAUUAAAAGGAAAGCACAAAGACAAUGAAGCUAUUGAAUUCAGUUUCAAUUUAGAAACAGAUACAUCUGAGGAAGUAGCGUAUGAAAUGGUCAAGUCAGGAUUCUUCCAUGAAAGUGAUUCCAAGGCUGUUGCUAAGUCCAUUAGAGAUCGGGUGACUCUGAUAAAGAAGACAAGGGAGAAGAAGCCAGCUGGCUGUUUGGAAGAACGCAGGGAUUCCCAGUGCAAGUCUGUGGGGAUUGUACUCCCUCAGCCCCAGAAUACAACUUUGCCCCCUCCUCCUGCUCAGCACACUGGCACUGAAUGCGAAGAAACUGAAGUUGAUCAACAUGUUCGACAACAGCUUCUACAAAGAAAACCACAGCAGCACUGCUCCUCUGUUAUAGGUGACAAUUUGUCUGAGGCAGGAGCUGGAUCAGUAAUACACUCAGAUACUUCAAGUCAGCCCAGUAUAGCCUAUUCCUCAGACCAGAUAAUGGGCUCUCAAAUGGUUUCUAACAUCCCACAGGCUGAAAUAAAUGUUCCAGGGAAAAUUUAUCCAUCCCAGCAACUAGUGGGACAUUACCAGCAGAUUUCAGGGUUGCAGAAGCAGCCAAAGCUGACUCAGCCCCAAAUUUUGCCUUUAGUUCAAGGUCAUUCCACUCUUUUGCCUGUACAUGCCGUUGGACCUCCAGUUGUCUCACAACCCCAAGUUUCACCAUUAACUGUCCAGAAGGUCUCACAGGUAAAGCCUGUAUCCCAACCAGCUGGAGCUGAACAACAAGCAACUCUUCUAAAACCAGAUUUAGUUCGAAGUUUGCAUCAUGACCUGGCAGCCGUGAAGGAAAACACCAAUAUCGCUGAUAACCCAAGUGGAAAUGGCAAACAAGAUCGGAUCAAACAGAGAAGAGCUUCCUGUCCUCGAUCAGAGAAGGGGACUAGAUUCCAGCUUAUUGUCCUUCAGGUGUCAACCUCUGGAGACAACAUGGUGGAGUGUCAGCUGGAGACACACAAUAACAAGAUGGUCACCUUCAAGUUUGAUGUUGAUGGGGAUGUACCAGAGGAUAUUGCAGAUUAUAUGGUUGAAGAUAACUUUGUCCUGGAAAGUGAAAAAGAAAAAUUUGUAGAGGAAUUGAGGGCUAUUGUAGGUCAAGCCCAGGAGAUCCUUCAUGUCCACUCUGCUGCAGAAAGAGCCACCGGAGUUGACUCUAUUAACAUGGAAUCCAGCAGUAGCCAAACAGGAUCAUCUGAACAAGUACAGAUAAAUUCUGCAUCCACUCAAACCAGCAAUGAAUCUGCUCCUCAGUCAUCCCCAGUUGGUCGAUGGCGAUUCUGUAUCAAUCAAACGAUAAGAAACCGUGAGGCUCAAUCUUCUUCUCUUCAACAGUCCAUGUCUACAGUUCCUGGGCUAAAUUUGCUUUCUAGUCCAAGAAACAUAAGUAAUAAGGAAAUACCACAGGAUACACUGCUUACUCUAGAAAAUAAUCCAUGCCAGCAUCCACUUUUCACCUCCACAUCAGAACAAAAGGAUGUAGUUGAUGGUAAGAUUUCUGAAUAUGCCAGUGCAGAAACUAAGCAGCCAGCUGUACUUUAUCAAGUGGAAGAGGACAGGCAGAUAAUGGCACCAGUUGCUAGUAGUUCCAGUCAUUCUGCUACUUCAGUUCGUGCAGUUUCAUUUGAAUGUGAGGGACUCACCAACAAAGCAGGCAUAUUCCUACCUGUGUAUCCAGGUCACCAAGCUGCCAGUCAGGCCGAUGUACUUAUGGCCCCUCCUGGCGAGUCAACUCAGAUUGCUGGUAACUCUUUUACAACUCCAGCCUUUAUGUCUGAUCAAAAGCCUCAAUCCUUGUCAGUGCAGCAGCCAACUGUGGAUGCAGAGUUUAUUUCCCAAGAAGGAGAAACCACAGUGAACACGGAAGGAAGUUCUCCUAUGAUGGUCAUUCCCACUCAGACCCCUGGCCUGGAACCGACUACCCUUCUACCUGCUACUGUUCUGGAAUCAGAUGGGGAAGGACCUCCAAAAAUGGAGUUUGCAGACAACCGAAUUAAAACUCUGGAUGAAAAAUUAAGAAAUUUACUCUACCAGGAGCAUAGCACAUCUAGCAUCUAUCCUGAGAGUCAGAAGGAUACCCAAAGCAUAGACUCUCCAUUUUCUUCCUCUGCUGAAGAUACACUCUCAUGUCCAGUGCCAGAAGUCAUAGGCAUCAGUCACUGUGGAGUUCAAGAUAGUCCUGCACAGUCCCCUAAUUUUCAGCAGACAGGCUCUAAGAUCCUGUCCAAUGUGGCUGUGAGUCAGCCUGCUAACAUAUCAGUGUUCAAAAGGGACCUGAAUGUGAUAACUUCUAUACCCAGCGAAUUAUGUUUACAUGAGAUGUCCCCAGAUGCUUCACUUCCAGGGGAUCCAGAGGUCUAUCCUGCUGCUGUGUCAAGCGGUGGAGCCAUUCAUCUGCAGACAGGAGUGGAAACAGAAGAUAUGAGAUCAGCAGUUGCUCCUGAUCCCAUCCCUCUGACAGGAGAGUCCGCAGCUGAUACUAGGGCUUCAAGCAGAUGUAAAGCGUUGAGUGGAUCAUUUCAGCGGGGUCGGUUCCAGGUGAUCACAGUUCCUCAGCAGCAGUCAGUGAAAGUGACAUCUUUUGGAAUAGAACACACACCAGCAUUCAGUAAAAUGACAAGCCAGUCUAGUGAAGAAGCUUUACCCUUUACUGAAACAGCAAAGUCCCAGUUAGUAGAAAUGGAACCUACCAUACACAAGCCACAAACUUCACUUUCUUCUCAGAAGUUACCAGUUCUACAGGAAACCAUUAAAGAAGAAAAGAAAAUUCCCAAACAAGCUGAUAACUUCUCAUCUUUCAGUACAGCUUGUGAGAUUGAUAUAUCUUUGAUAACUCCAGAAAAGGAAUUGGAAGAAAAUUCAGCCACAGGAAGUAGCAUGCAGUCAGGAUCUGAACUGUUGCUUAAAGAGAAAGAGAUACUUACUGUCGGGAAACAGCCUAGCUCUGAUGGUGAAUUUUCAGCCACUCUUGCUGGCACAGGGAAAUCAGUGGUAAAGGCUGGUCCAGAGAGAGAAAAAUGUUUACCACUCCAUGAAGAAAAAGCCUGUGUUCAACCACAGAGCUCACUCUUCUAUUCACCAUCUUCCCCAAUGAGUUCUGAUGAUGAGUCAGAAAUAGAGGAUGAGGACUUAAAGGUGGAGCUUCAAAGAUUACGAGAAAAACACAUUCAGGAGGUGGUAAAUCUUCAAACCCAGCAGAAUAAGGAGCUGCAGGAGCUCUAUGAACGCCUUCGGGCAAUUAAAGAUAGUAAAAUCCAAUCAGCAGAGACUCCUCUGACACCUGCAUCACCACGCAGACCAAGAUCUUUCAAGAGCAAACUUCGAAGCCGUCCCCAGUCCUUGACACAUGUGGACAGUGGCACAGUUGCUACAGAUCCGCUGUGUGUGGAAAGUAGUGCAGCGUCAUGCCAGCAAUCUCCAGCUAGUAAAAAAGGGAUGUUCACAGAUGACUUGCACAAAUUGGUGGAUGACUGGACAAAGGAAACAGUAGGAAGUUCUCUUAUUAAGCCAAGUUUAAACCAACUUAAACAGAGUCAACAGAAACUAGAGACAGACAACUGGAACAAAGUACAAGAAAAUACUCCAUCUACUAUGGGCUACACAUCAACAUGGAUUCCUUCUCUGUCCCAAAUCCGUGGAGCUGUCCCAACCUCCUUGCCACAAGGACUCUCACUCCCUUCAUUUCCCGGGCCAUUAUCAUCAUAUGGAAUGCCCCAUGUUUGUCAGUAUAAUGCUGUUGGGGGGCCAGGGUAUCCAGUACAGUGGGUAGGAAUUUCAGGAACACCACAACAAUCUGUAGUAAUUCCUACCCAGUCUGGGGCACCAUUCCAGCCGGGGAUGAAUUUGCAGGCGUUUCCAGCUUCAUCAGUGCAGAAUCCAUCCACGAUCCCUCCUGGUCCCAAAUGAAUCAGAGUAGAUGAUGAAGAAAAGGGAAAUUUUUUUUCAGAAUUAUUUUCAGGACACCUGAAAUAUUAAACUUUCUUCUUCUUGAGUUCUGCCAUAUUUUCCCUAAUUUGAGUUUACUUUCCACUGUAUUUUUUUUUGGUUCCAAUGUAGUAUUUGAUAUAGCUCAUCAUCUUAUAGAACUGUGCAGUUUGUACAUAGAACACUGCACCCAGAAAUGUUUUUUCACUUCAAAUCCUAUCCUCUUUGAUACUUGAUUUUUUAAAAAUACCGUUCAGAAUGCUUUAAUAAGCUCGGCUUGAGCAUUACCAUUUCCAGGACACUUUACAUGCAUUGCUGAGAAGCUCCCAUUUUUUAUUGCUGCUCUCUGCAGCUGGAUGAUACUUUUCUUUAAAAGAUGUAAAAACUAAAUUGAUACUCCCCAAAUGUGGACGAAGUGAGACCCUCUAACAGCCGGAGUCUUACGCGAUUCUUCACAUGUUUAUCUUAGGUUUACCUUUCGCAGAAGGCAGGGUAACUUGCUGCAGGAAAUGUUUUGGUGUAUAAAAUUAGAAUAACUUUGUCAACCAAUAUAGGCCAUGAGCCCUUUUUAAUGUGAUUUUCUUCCCGUCGUCACAGCAGUAGGAGUGAAGCCUUGUUUUAGGUGAGGCGGAGAGAAAGGAAAAAACAGAACUGUAACAGUUCCUUGAUUCUGCAGAUACUGUAGCUGCUUUAGGAUUUCCAUAGUAAUUCAGAGCAGCUAUUUCCUUGUUUCUCAUGUGCACUCUACAUUGUUUUUGAGCAUCUGAGAGGCAUUGAUUUGGGUUGCAUUCUUUUGCAAGGGGUAUAUUGCAGCUGAUAUGAAUCUCAUUUGGGGGGAAUCUUUGUAUUCCUAACAAAGAGGAUUCAAGUUACACCUCUAUUAAUCCAUUCUUCUGAAGUGAAAUUUACUUGACACAGUAGGUUUUGUAGGUUUUGAGACUUACACAUGAAAACACUGGCUUUACAGGGUUCUAAGCGAUGUGGGGUAUACACUGUCCUGCAGUAGAUAGUAGACCCUCAAAGGAUACUAUUUAAGUUGCCCUUAGCUUUUUUUUAUUACCAUUUUUUUUAGUUGUUACAGUUUCCUAUUAGUAUCUAUAGCAUCUUAGAUGAUUUUAGGUCUUAGAUGAUUUUGGCAGCCUCUUUAGAAUCUGAGAGAGAUCACUGUCAAGUUGCACUUUACUGGGUUUUAUCCAGUUUUAGGAGGAGAGGAGGCAAUGUCAAAAUAUACAUUUUUGGUUUUCAAGAAGGUUAACUGUAAUAAUCUUAAAAGGCUGGUCACAGAGUUACCUAAUGUUCAGUCUGUGAAAUCCAAAUAGAAUUCUAAAAUGGUAUUUAUUGAGUACCACAUACAAACAUGUUUAAAAUACUUACUUUCCACUCUGAAGAUUUCAAGUACACAUUUACCUAAUAAUGAGUUUGUUUACUGGUAAACAUUCCAAAUUAUCACCCAACAUUUCUGUUAACAGAUUUUCCUCCAUAUUCCUUUAAAAAUUUUACCCCAUGAUUUUGCCUGGUAAUGAGGAAAACUUAAUGGGUGUACUUUUUUUUUUUUGCACAGUCUAAUUUGUGGCAUUCAGUACCUUCUUUUUUCAGAAAAAUGUGUCUUAUAUUGCUUACCUGAGGAUCAGACUCAGCAUCUUAAAGAUUCUGUUGCUGUCGUUUGGGGCAUCCAGGGCAGCAUUUUGAGAAUUGCUGUUGAUAAGAGCCACAGUUUCUUUUCAUAAAACAUACUCUGGUUUUGAUGAGUCUUUCAAAGUCUUAGGUGAAGAUUCUUCAAAUUUAUUCUACAGUAUUGGUUUGCAGGUUGAAGUGAUUUUAGGACAUUAGUGUAAUGCAGAUUCUUGCAUUGCAGUGUUUUCCAUGUGUAGAAAAACAAUGUGCCUAAAAUCUGUAAUUCUUUAAAACUGCCUGUGUUUCAUUAUGAGAGUUGGCUUUGUGUAAUUACAUUGAGACUUAACAACCUAUAAAGUGAAAGUACUGCAGGUUUUAAGAUCCCUUCUUCUCGAGUUGCAAUCCUUUUAAACAGUGUACCCCAGGAUGGAAAAAGCUCCAUGGAUGACAUGCACAAUUACAUUUAUUAAUGGCUGCUCUACAUCACAUGUCCCACAUUUUGCCACCACCUCUGUUUUAUGUAUAAUUCAUCAUUCUUUUGCCUGCAGACUUUUGCAGUGCCUUGCAAUACUUAGAAUCUUUUCAGAUUUUUUGCUGGAAAGAAAAGUAGUCUUCUAAAGUUUGAAGAUGGUGAGUAGUGUACUGCUGUCUCCAUGCUGACUGCAGUAGUUGGGUUAACAUAUAUGUUAUGUAUACAUUAUGUAUAUGUAACGUGUGUAAGUUUAAAAAUACAGAAAAAAGUGAGCUUGUGCAGAAAUGAAGAAGUCAGUGUUAUUCACAUCACUGUGGGUUUUUAAGUUAUUUUUUCCAUUACUUAAAUGUUUGAUUCAGAUUAUAGUCAUUUUGACUGUAAAUAUUAGCUAGUUUUCUAUCUAGGGGGUUUGCAUCAUUUCAUAAUUUUGCUAAAUCAUAUAAUAGUGCUGUUUUCAUCCUUGCCGAGGUACUUUUCCUCCCCAGAAAUAAUUAAUUCUUGACGUAAAGCUCAGAAAUUCCCUUCUUACUUAACAAAGAGCCUACUGUAUAACAAGGGCCUUCUACUCAUUUCCAACACACACAUACAAACCUGUCCUUUCCGUUUUCCUUCUUGUAGAAGAGAAAAGGGUUAUACUAAACCAUCCUACCUGUAAAGUUUAUUUGGGGGUAGUCUGUACGUCCAACCACCAUGUUUACUUCUCAGAGUGCAAGUCUGAUGAACAGUACUGUAUCUCCAUAUGUGGCAAUGUGAGCAUUUCAUCAUGAAGUACCUGCUGCUAUGUUUGUGAAGUUGGGUGUAACAUCAUAAGAAUAUGAAACCAGUAUUGGUGUAAAUCUAAUGAAAAUAAGCCUAAUGUAUAUUUGUAGCAGUCUUGAAUCUCUAUUUAAGGCAAUUUGCUGUAGUAUAACAAAUAACCAUUUUGUUUUUCAUCCCUUUCUUGCCAGUUUUAUAUCUAGCAUGAAUUCUAAUGGUUUGACAGCAAAAUUAUCUGUGAAAGUUUAAAAGGCACUUUUCUGCUGCGAUUUUUGGAUUGAGUGUGGAGUGUUAUGUACAGUAUGAUGGGAUGGAUCAUUUUAGAACCCCAGUUUUAAUUCCAGUCCAGUUACAUUUGUUUAUCUACCUCGUUUUCAGUGCUGUUUUAGGGUACACAAGUAAACACUGCCUGUGAAACUUGCUUUUUUGCCUUGAUUCUCGGUAUUCUUUCAGGUUCUAAUCUGGCCUGCCUUCUUGUUCCAGUGCUAGCUAUGAGUUUGAAAUGAGAGGGACCAUCACUCUGCCACCAAUCUCUGUUUAAGUGAUGAGAGCCACGUGCCUCUAUGAAGUAAGCUUUGGGGAUUUGAGGAUGGAGAGCAGAGAAAUAAAUCCAGUUGGUGGCAAUGAAGGACUUAAUUAUCGGAGUUAGUGGUAAAAUAAACAAAUGGUAAGAAAUUACCUAAAUUAGACAGUCCAGUGCCUGUAACUUUGCAUCUUUUAUUAGAGAUGCAUUUGUCUGUGUGCCUAAAGGGCUAUGGGUUGAAAUUGCUUUAACUACCACAGUGAAAUAAACCUUAACAGCAGUGGCCUGUCAUUCAGCAUAUUAGCAUACUGCUAGGUAUUUGCAGUGAUAUUUUGUUACCUUAAAAUGGCCAUAUGUGCUUUUAGUUGAAUUGUAGUUAUUGGUGACUGUCUGUCCAAUCUCUAAAGUUUAUCAGAGGCAUUGACUUUCUUCUUUGCUGUCUUUUCUGAGUGAUAAACAUAAUGCAUUCCUUUUUUUUCCCCAGAAAACUGAGCAAAUGUUUGUAAAUCACGUUGUUUCACGUGUUUACUGUGUAUAACACUACAGCAUAUUUAAUGUUAGUAAAUACUGUAUUUCAGGCUUCAGUGCACAAGUACAUUCCUGAAGUAUACUUGCCAUCAGUUUGAGAUUCAGUUAUUUAAUCUUGUUUGAUUCAGAAAAAUCUUGAGAUAUUUGAGGUGGUGUGCAGGCCAUUUUCUAGAAUUGAUUGUUCAUUUUUCAUCCUGUAGUUUGUUGGGGAUUUGUUUUUCCCCCCUUUGUUUAGAAGAUUAACCAGUUGCAGGGGGUGCAUAGAGAAGGCUAUUGGUUUGGUAAGUAUAAUUUCUAGGAUUGAAAUUUUAAAAACACAAACAAUCCAGACUGUAAAAUGGUGACACUCAAACUUGAUAAAACUCUUUGAAGUAAAAUUAGUGUGAAAUUUUUUGGAGCCAAAUGCUUUCAGGUCACCCUGGAAAUAGUCUUUGUAUGUGAAGGAUGAACACAAACAUUGGUCAGGGACCUUGACAGCCAACAUAGGCAGGGGCCUGGGAUAGUAACUAGGUUACACUGAAGUUAUUUUCAACUGAGAUAGUUGGAAGAUUAUACAAACCAACAGCUCCCAUUCUGGAAGGUUUUCUUUUAAUUUAAAAAAAAACAAACCUCAAACCAAAAGGCUAAAAGUCAAGCAAGAAGGGAAGAGAGAAACUGGGCUCUUGGAAAAAAAAAGUGCCAGUGUAAAAUAAAACUUCUAAAUGCGUGCUUAUCAUCCUUCCAGGUUUUUUUUUUUAAUUUUUAUGUUGCAUUUCUUCUCCACUAUAAUUUCAGAUUUCAGAUUGAAGUUUGUGGUUCAGAAAAUACCUUCAGCAGAAAUAGUGACUGAUCAGAAAGUGCAGUUGUUCAAGGUCUGUCAUGCUCAAUCAGUUAAAGCUGUAAUUUGUUUGAUAUGAGUAUUAAGCAUGCAGACCUAGUGCAGCAUGGGAGCCACUCAGGAAGUUUAUGCAAUUAAUAAACUUUCAUGCAUAAUUUACUAUAAAGUAUGCAGAAUUUCAGCCACUUCUCUACACUUAACAUUUAGUUGUAUAUGUGAACUCUCCUUUCUUAAUCGGGGAAUGUAGCAUUAUAUGGAAUGUUAAACCUAAUUUUAAUCCUUCUUGACAUUAACAUUUUUUUUGGGGGGUAAACCAAGUGAUCUGCCUUUAAGCAGGUGUCUGAUUUUGGUUCUUUGAAGCUGUGAUUUUUAUUUCAUUUGUACCCAGCCAUUGUUAAGUAUUUUGUUUUGUUUCCUGGAAAUUUUGUUUUGAAACAGAAAAUAAAGGCUGUGUUAAAAUGA